AUGGGCACACCCAUGGGUUCGCCGAUUUCCGGACUCAUAGCAGAGGCGGUCUCUCCAACGCCACAGACCGAAAAACUGGGCUCGGUAUGUGGACGACACUUCUUCGUAAUUGAGCGGGAUCAGGUGCUGACAUUCAAGGAACGUCUAAACGCCGUCUUCCCAGACAUUCUAUUUACGAUGGAGGAAGAAGAGAAAAACCAGCUGAUCUUCCUGGAUGUCCUCCUUUGCUGCAGACGGUGGUGCCCUAAAAACCAAAGUGUUCGGGAGAGCAACCAACACUACGCAAGUCCUAAACUACAACAGCAACCUCCCAAUUGGUCACAAACGCAGCUGCGUAAGAGCGCUUUACCGUUGAGGCGCAUUGCAGCGAAGUGGAAGAUAAAGUUGCUGAAUUACAACAUCUUCGACGGGUACUGA